UUUCUAAGUUCAUGGUCGAGUUGCCGCGAAUUUACGGUAACGGUAAACAGACAGUUGAUUUGUAUGGUUGUUGAUAUUACUCUGAUGUGUGAUAUAGAAUUGGAGUUAUAUUAACUCAACUAUUGGUCGUACAUAUUAUUAAAUAAGACCUGACAAAACAUACUACUUAAUAGAACAUGGCAAAACACCACCCAGAUCUGAUCUUUUGCAGGAAACAGCCGGGCGUGGCUAUUGGCCGAUUAUGUGAAAAGUGCGAUGGGAAGUGUGUUAUUUGUGAUUCUUACGUACGGCCUUGCACUCUAGUCAGGAUUUGUGAUGAAUGCAAUUAUGGUUCGUAUCAAGGGCGCUGUGUCAUCUGUGGAGGACCUGGUGUAUCGGAUGCCUAUUACUGCAAGGAGUGCACAAUACAAGAAAAAGACCGUGAUGGAUGUCCAAAGAUCGUAAACCUUGGCAGUUCAAAGACUGAUCUGUUCUAUGAAAGAAAAAAAUAUGGGUUCAAAAGACGAUAGGUAAUAAUUCUAGACUUUACAAGGUUCUGACUUUCACCAUGCAAAUUGGAUUCAGAAGUAUUCUGCAAUCAUUGCUGAAUCUAUAUGCUUUAAUAAUGGGACUGUAUAAAUUUUUAUACAAUAAGCAUCUUGGACAAUAUGUAUAUCUUCAAAAAAACAAGCAAGUAAAUCUUCCUUCAAUCGCUAGUCUUUUAUCCUCUAUUUUUUUAAACAAACAAUAUUUAAUUUCAGUUUCAUAAAGGCUGUGGAAUAAAGAGGUGAUUGAAGAGAAAA